GUCCUCUCCAGUCUCCAGAAAAAAACCAAAUCUUCAUUUUUGCUUGCUUAUAAAUCCUGAAAGUUUUUAUUAUAUACCUAACACCACAAGAGUGAUCUUUAAAAAGGGUUAAAAACACAUCUUAAAACAAAGACCACAGACACAGACACAGAGACAAAGCCAUAAAAAUCAGAACACAAAAGGAGGGAGUGGUUGUCCUCUUCUGUGUAAACAGUAGAACCUAAAGGUCAAACCUUCGAGGCUUUAUCUUUCCCCCUUUGGCUUUUUCACGACGUUUAAAUCAGAUUUCCUCUUUGUCAAAUCUCCAGAACUCGAAGACCCAUCUCUCUGCUCCUGUGGUGGUACAAAACUGUGGCUAGAGAACACACUAAUAACAAAGCGAGGAUCAUGUCAUUGGUGAGGUCGGCAGAGCUAUCUGCUGCAGCAGCAUAUAGGAACCCAAAGCUUUACUCAUUGAAUGAGAAUAAUGGUUACAACACUAGUAGUGGUGGUGGUACUACUUCUGUUGAAAUCUUUGAUCCAGACAGGUCCAAGAACACUUGCCUCACUGAUGAUUCUUACCCAAGCCAAAGCUACGAGAAGUACUUUCUCGAUUCCCCUACAACAGACGAGUUUGCACAACAACAACAUCCUGUUGGCUCUGGUGGUGCCUCUGUUAGCUCAUUUGAAUCGUUUCCUUAUCAGUCUAGACCGGUUCUUGGAUGCUCCAUGGAGUAUCAGUUGCCCUUUGGAGGUUACCAAGCGGGAGGUCUAAGUCCGACGAGCAUGGAGUUUGAUGAUGAACAAAUGAGAUCAAAGAUUCAAGAGCUCGAAAGAGCGCUUCUCAGCGAUGAUGAUGAUAAGAUGGAGGGACUAGAUCAGCUGAUGGAGAUUGACAACGAAUGGUCGUCUUACCAAAAGCAUCAUGACUCUCCCAAAGAAUCAUCAUCCGAAGAUUCAAACUCUCAUGCAAGCAGCAAAGAAGUAGUCUCAUCACAAACUCCAAAGCAGAUCCUGAUCUCCUGCGCUCGCGCCUUAUCCGAAGGCAAAUCAGAGGAAGCUUUAUCAAUGGUGAACGAGCUGAGGCAGAUAGUAUCAAUCCAAGGAGAUCCUUCUCAGAGAAUCGCAGCUUACAUGGUCGAAGGACUAGCUGCGAGGAUGGCUGCUUCAGGGAAGUUCCUCUACAGGGCGUUGAAAUGCAAAGAGCCUCCUACCGAUGAGAGGCUUGCCGCUAUGCAAGUCCUCUUCGAGGUGUGCCCUUGUUUCAAGUUCGGCUUCUUGGCUGCUAACGACGCGAUCAUCGAAUCCAUCAGAGGCGAAGAAGAAGUACACAUCAUAGACUUUGAUAUCAACCAAGGGAACCAAUACAUGACACUGAUCAGAACUGUCUCCGAGCUUCCUUGUAAAGGCCGCCCUCGUUUGAGGUUAACCGGUGUUGAUGACCCUGAAUCAGUCCAACGCUCCGUCGGUGGGUUAAGAAUCAUAGGCCUAAGACUAGAGCAGCUCGCUAAAGAUCAUGGAGUGUCCUUCGAGUUCAAAGCAGUUGCGUCCAAGACUAACAUCGUCUCUCCAUCCACGCUCGGUUGCAAACAAGGAGAGACUCUAAUCGUCAACUUCGCCUUCCAGCUUCACCACAUGCCUGACGAGAGCGUCACGACGGUGAACCAGCGAGACGAGCUGCUCCACAUGGUCAAAAGCCUAAACCCGAAGCUAGUCACGGUGGUUGAACAAGACGUGAACACAAACACUUCCCCUUUCUUCACGAGGUUCAUGGAGGCUUACGAGUACUACUCUGCGGUUUUCGACUCUCUGGACAUGACGCUUCCUAGAGAGAGCCAAGAGAGGAUGAACGUGGAGAGGCAGUGUCUGGCUAGAGACAUUGUCAACAUCGUUGCUUGCGAAGGAGAAGAGAGGAUCGAGAGGUACGAGGUUGCUGGUAAAUGGAGAGCGAGGAUGAUGAUGGCAGGGUUCAGUCCGAGACCAAUGAGUGGUAGAGUGGCCAGCAAUAUACAGAAUCUGAUUAAGAAAGAUUAUUGCAGUAAGUAUACGCUUAGAGAGGAGAUGGGUGAGCUCCACUUUUGCUGGGAGGACAAGAGUUUGAUCGUUGCUUCAGCUUGGAGGUAAAAAAAAAAGACUCGGUUGUGUUCUAUAUAUAUA